CAGCACCUAGAUACUUCGUAUAGGCGUCAACAUCGAUGGUGCGUGUUAGUUGCGUGUUACGCCUAUCGAUAUUCCUACCUGUCGUCGAUAUCUACUCUCUUCAGCUUCAACAUGGAAGCGAUAUACUUUGGACGAUCAACUGAGAUUCUUUAAAGACACCGAACACAAUCCUUCGCAUCCUUGCUAGCGCUCCGGGCAAAAGAACAAGAUAACGCAUACUGACCGGCUGCUACAACAGGUUUCAAUUUACCCCACAUGAAUCGCACAAUGCCUUCCAAGGUGGAAUUGCGAAACGAUCUUCAAUCGCGCAUUGACGAGCAGUUAGUCAAAAUCAAGAAGAUUUGCGAGGCCCUAGAUGAAGAAUAUUGUGAAUUGGCCAAGCGUUGUAUGCAUCUCAAUGGUGUCCAGCCCAUUGGGAUGCUUCCACCCGAACUCCUUGUGCAAAUUUUCGAGAUAGAUCGGCGCUGUUCAAGCUCCUUUGAUAAGUACAAUUGGGUGCGACUGACGCAUGUUUGUUCCCAUUGGCGUGCAGUUGCUCACAAGACUCCUACUCUUUGGAGUCUCGUUAUUAUAUCACGACCUAUAUGGGCAAAGAAGAUGUUAGAACGAUCGACCCAGGCGCCGUUAGAAGUGGACUGGGAGAAAUCAAGUUCAAGUUGGACGCGGUGGACAGAUUCCCUGGCAUUUGCGAAACGAUUGUUUACAUCAAAUUCAUAUCGCAUAGUAGUGCUUCGCGUUUGCAUGGGCGUGAAGGACUACGCCGAAGUGCAGGCCUCUAUCCCAUCAUUCUUUCCCAUUCUUCGUGAUGUCUCGGUGACUGUUUGGUCACUGGUGUCUGGAGCUACGGUUGAAAUACCUACUUGGCCAUUGCAAUCGCCCUCCAUCAAACACAUAUCUUUCUGGGGCCACUGGGGGCGUCUUGCGUUAUCCGCUUUUGCUUUCCACGAUGCACUGGAAAGCCUGUCCUUCGGUUCGUUGAGCUCCUGCGGAAUUAUCGAUUUUCAGCUUCAGAGCGUUUUGUCGGCUCUCACCGGCGCACCUUCGCUCAGAAGAUUGACCUUGCUUGAUAUAUUUGGCGACGCUACCCAAGACCUGAGUCACCUACCUUCUGUUCAUCUACCACGACUUGACUCUCUACAUAUUCGAGAUCCUUUGGAGUGUUGUGUGUGGCUUAUCAAGCAAGUCAUAAUUCCGCCAACGGCCGAGAUGAACAUCAUUACUACUGCUGCUUCGGACGAGGAUAUAGCACAUCUCACGAUCACCCUGGCAGAAAAGCUGAAUACUCAAUACAGUUUACCUAUCAUUCGACUGUUAGUCGUGAAUGAACUGUCAGGGGGCGUUAACGUUGAUGGCUUCACAAGUGUAGAUGGUCAUCACGACACCGGACGACGGUUUAGUGUUAUCAUUUCGUCCAGUCUAGACACCAGAACAGUCCUGACUGCAUUUUGCCAUCGACUGCCCUUAUCGAACGUGCGAUCAUUGGAACUCGCUGGUAUGCCUGAUAACGCCGCAUUCCAGGGUACCAUUGCAGCCAUGCCUUACAUAGCUUCCCUGCAGUUGCGUGGUGCCUGCCUUGAUUCUCUCCCGAUUUUAUUAAAGUCAGAACUUGAGGAGGACGAUCGCAGACCAGGCGCACGUCAUGAACCUCCUCACUUGAUGCCUUAUUUACAACACCUCAUGAUUGCUGAAGGAUACCGGACUAGAAAUUUCUCCAAAGUCUGUGAGGAGCUGAAGCAUACAUUACGAGCCAGGGGCAUGGAUAGGUCGCUGUGCAUGACCAUACGAUUCAGCGGUUGUCGACAAUUCGAUAAGGCUGAUUACACCGCUCUCGUUAGCGCAGUCGCAGCUUUGUAUGAUCGCGAUAUUACGGAGAACCGAAGUGUUUGGAUCCAAGCCGCAGACGAACCGCCUGUCCGCUAUAGGGAUUUCAUCUGGCAGGACGACUGGGUGAAGAGAGCAGAUAAUUCACCGUCAUCUGUCGAUGCAGACACUGUAGGAAUUGCUUUUAAGUUGUACGUUGAGAAGUAGGUCCAUUGCAUUGAAACAAGGGUGAGUCCCUUCACUCUCCACCGAUAUCAACCCUAAGAUGUGGCCAUAGGAUGUUAUCUCGCACCCUUGAACACCAUCAUCAUGGUGGAAGAUAGUUUCAUAGAACUCCUAUCACCUGAGCCUCGUAAUGCGAAAGAAACGCCAGAUAUCUUCAUAGUAGUGUAUAAUCCAUAUCCAUUAGAAAUGUACAGAGGAAUUGAGCAAGUCAAUGUCUCAGCUCCUUGAGUUUCCUCGAGAAAGCCUCUCGGCACUGGUAAUGUGUCACCUCACCCCUAAGAGUAGAAAAAGUAAACACUCAUCGUCAGGAAUAACUGCUUUAUACACUCACCUAGGUGCAUGGACAGCGAUAACACUACCACCAAUACGUUUGUGGCAUUGCGGGC